GAGUAUGUCGCUGGCAAAACCAAUCGAUAAUGCGCAGGCUAUAAGUACAGCCGCUCAGGACUCGGAUUAAUAUUCACUGUCCGUGUCGUCUUCGUUCAGAAUCAAGGUGGCUUGAUUUCGCUGCCAGCGUUUUUGUCCCUGGAACUUUCGCUGAAUUUUCAGCCCUGAGUUCCCAAGAUGGACACCUCCCGUUCUCGCAUAGCGAGCGAGACCACCCCUCUGAUCCCUGCAGAGGCCUCAAAGCCUAAAACUCCACUUCCAAAACUCCAGUUGGGCAUAGUUUUGACGAUACAAUUCGCGGAAGCCAUCGCUUCCACCUCUAUAUUCCCGUACAUCAAUCAGCUUAUCAGAGAACUUGGGAUCACUAGGGGUGAUGAUGCAGCUGUGGGAUAUUAUGCUGGAAUCAUUGAAUCUCUGUUUUUUGUCACACAGGCACUGACAGUACUGAGGUGGAGUAGGUUGUCUGAUCGCAUUGGGCGCAAGCCGGUGUUGGUAGUUGGACUCUUAGGUGCUUGCAUUUCGAUGCUGUGUUUCGGCCUUUCAACAACCUUCUGGAGUCUUGUCAUUAGCCGCUGUGUGUGCGGUGUUCUAAAUGGCAACAUUGGAGUUAUGAAGACCAUGUUGGGAGAAUUGACGGACUCCACAAAUAUGGCUCAGGCGUUUUCCUUGAUCCCGAUCGUGUGGAGCCUUGGAAACUUUCUUGGGCAAGUGAAUUGUCCUUUAAUGGGUGGAACGCUUGCGCGACCGCAAGAUCAUUGGCCCGUAUUAUUCGCCAAUUCAUUCUGGAAAAAUUACCCAUACUUUCUGCCUUGCGCAGUGGCAGCAUGUGUGCUCUUUGUGGCCCUUUUCACAAUGGUAUUCUUCUUAGAAGAAACAUUAUCAACAAAGCGUCGACCCAAGUUGUCAUCAGCCACGCUCGGCGAUUCAAGCAGUGAAUCACUGCCUCAACAAGCCAUGGCAAAUGUCUCUUUACGAUCUCUUCUAACACCUACUGUUGUUAUUCCAAUUGCCAACUAUACCGUAUUUGCUUUCCUUGAUAUUUCUCGCAGGGCUCUCGUGCCGCUAUUCUUUUCGACACCUACCUAUCUUGGUGGUCUUGGAUUCGAUCCUUCAUCCAUUGGUUCGUGGCUAGCGUUGUUCGGGAUCAUGGAUGGUGUCCUUCAGGCAUUGCUCUUCGCCAAACUUGUCGAUCGGCUUGGUCCAAAGCGUCUAUUCAUUUUGUCAGCCAUAUGUAGUAUGGGACUCGGGACUCUCUUGAUGUUUAUGAGAGCUUCUGCCCCUACGAAGAAUACGCUUGGCGCCAUCAACGGCCUUGGCCAAACAUCCGCGUCGGUAGCUCGUGCCAUUGGGCCUGGCUUGGCGACUUCGCUAUUUGCUGCAUCAAAGGAAUACAAUCUUCUCGGAGGAAACGCAGUAUUCGUCAUCUUAUUCAUGGUGGCUAUUGCGCAGAGGUGGUUGGGGUCGCAGCUGCCAGAUAAACUACAAGACAGGGAUGAAUGA